CUGUAGCCUGUAUAGUAGUGUGACAAUCCCAAGAAAAGAAUAAAAAUAUAAAACCCAUUUCCCCUCAUGUCUUUUCACUUCAUUUCACAAAAUCAAAGGGCGCGUCUCUCUCACUCUCCACCUCUUCUCUCUAUCUAUCCAUCCACCGGUUCAUCGAGGCACCACCUUGACCACACCCCCUGACUCAAUACAAAACAAAACACACCUCUACACACAGCUUCAUGUAUCUAUCUAUUUUUAGAAAGAGAAACGAUUUCUAGAGAGAGAAACUGACUGGAACAAACUGAAAACAAACCAUAAGCACUGGGAUUGACUCUGAUUGGGGGUUAAUUUAUGGCGGAGCUAGGGAGCGGUGAAGUGUACGCGCCGCCGCGGACGAUACAGGCGUGGAAGACGAUACUCAAUUGGUUGAGUUUCUUCUUUCAGAUCUUUUUGCAGAUCAUUAUUAAGGCGUCGCCGUCGAAAUUCUCGCAACUGGUCUCCACGACGGCGUUUAGGCCGUUGCCUGAUGUUGAAUUGUCUGAGUUGACUCAGGAGGAUGCGCCGCCGACGGCGGCGGUGACGGUGGAGGAGCCUGGUGGGAGGCGGGACUGGCCGUCCGAGAAACUUACGGUGGUACUUGACUUGGAUGAAACUUUGGUAUGUGCAUAUGAAACAUCUAGCCUGCCUGCUAUUCUUCGUGAGCAGGCCACGGAAGCUGGGUUGAAGUGGUUUGAGUUGGAAUGUAUAUCUUCUGACAAGGAAGUUGAAGGAAAGCCCAAGGUCAACUAUGUAACAGUGUUUGAACGUCCUGGACUGCGUGAAUUCUUAAAACAACUCAGUGAAUUUGCAGAUCUUGUGUUAUUUACUGCAGGACUUGAAGGCUAUGCCAGGCCACUUGUUGACAGAAUUGAUGAUAUAAAUUGCUUAAGUCGCAGGCUUUAUCGGCCCUCAACGAUUAGCACGGAAUAUAGAGAGCAUGUAAAGGAUCUAUCCUGUAUAUCAAAAGAUUUUUGCCGAAUUGUUAUUGUUGACAACAAUCCAUUCAGUUUCUUAUUGCAACCGGUGAAUGGAAUUCCAUGCAUUCCAUUUUCUGCUGGUCAACCUCAUGAUGAACAGCUUUUGCAGGUCCUCCUUCCACUCCUCAAACACCUAUCACAGCAACAAGACGUGAGGCCUGUACUAUAUGAAAGGUUCCACAUGCCAGAAUGGUUUCAAAAGCACGGAAUUCCUGCUUGUGCUCCAGGAUUAAGGAUAACUUAAGUACAUUGUAUGCAUAGGAAUUUCUCCUCCACCUCAGAGGCAACUAAGCUGGUACUCUCUGCAUAAGGGCAUCCUGACCUCAUUAGAACACAAAAUUUUUGUAUAGCAUCAUUUAUACACCAGAGGCACGGUGAUAACCCCCAUUCAUUACUUGUAACAAAGCUUUCCCUACUAUUUUAUGCCAAUAUGUGAAAACUCAGAAUCUUUGUAGCAUUAUUUAAAGAUGGCAAUGGUUAAAUAUGUAUGCUUUAAGUGCUGUAACCUGUUCUUUGAUCAAUAAUUAAUCCUACUUUGCAUUAUCAUAA